CUCAGUCUCUCUCUCUACAAGGGAAUUUCAGAAAAGAACCCUAGAAGCAAAUCUCAAAAUCCCUCAUAUAUUAAUGGUACUGGUAUGCAAAGUCACUUCCUUUUCUCUAUUCUCCAUAAAUAUGACCCUUUUUCUUUGGUUUCUUCUUGCUGAUGGGAGGGGCAGCUCUCAAAUUAUGCCUCACUUGUUAUGCCCUUCUCUUCUCACCAUUCUAAUAACUGAAAUUGACCCCAUAUAGCAAAAAGGAUCUGUCUUUUUGGUAUUAAUGACAAAAGCUUGAGUCAAUCAUGUCAGAAGGUGCAGAAAUUGAUGAGCGUGUGGACUUUGAUGAGGAAAAUUACAUGGAAGAAAUGGAUGAUGAUGAUGUUGAAGAACAUGUAGAUGAUGAUGGAGUGGAUGGAAGUGGUGAUGAAAAUGUUAAAGAACAUGAAUAUGAAGACUCAGCCGUAGUGGAUGGUGGGAAAGAUGAAAUAGAUAGAAGUGACAUUGCUACUGAGUCUGUAGAGGAUGGGCAAAAUCCAUCUUUCAUGGAUGAAGAAGAGAAACAGAAGCAUGAUGAACUUCUUGCCCUUCCUCCUCAUGGCUCAGAAGUAUUUAUUGGUGGACUUCCUCGGGAUGUAUGUGAAGAUGAUUUGAGGGAAUUGUGCGAGCCUAUAGGUGAUAUUUUUGAGGUGCGAUUAAUGAAGGAUAGGGACACUGGAGAAGGCAAGGGUUAUGCUUUUGUUGCUUUUAAAACAAAAAAAGCUGCACAAAAGGCCAUUGAAGAGUUACACAAUAAGGAAUUUAAGAGUAAAACUUUAAGGUGUUCACUAUCUGAGACAAAACAAAGAUUGUUUAUUGGUAAUGUUCCAAAAAAUUUGACUGAGGAUGAGUUUAGGAAAGCAGUUGAGGGUAUUGGUCCUGGCGUUGAAAACAUUGAGCUCAUAAAGGACCCUCAGAAUCCAAGCAGGAAUCGUGGCUUUGCGUUUGUCUUAUAUUACAACAAUGCAUGUGCUGAUUAUUCACGGCAAAAAAUGUCAACUGCAAGUUUCAAGCUGGAUGGUAAUACCCCAACUGUCACAUGGGCAGAUCCAAAGAAUUCAUCUGAUCAUUCUGCUUCUUCACAGGUUAAAGCUCUUUAUGUGAAAAAUAUACCCGAGAAUACUACUACUGAACAACUGAAGGAACUAUUUAAUCGUCAUGGAGAAGUAACAAAAGUGGUCAUGCCACCUGGCAAAGCUGGAGGGAAGCGUGAUUUUGGUUUCAUUCAUUAUGCAGAGAGGUCAAGUGCAUUAAAGGCUAUAAAAGAUACGGAGAAAUAUGAAAUUGAUGGCCAAUUACUUGAGGUUGUUCUUGCCAAGCCUCAAACCGAGAAAAAAUCUGAUGGAGGUUAUGCCUACAAUCCUGGACUUCAUCCAAACCUUCAUCCACCUCCUGUGUAUGGUGCUGGUUAUCCUGGAAAUCUUUAUGGCUCUUUAGGGGGUGGAUAUGGUGUUGCAGCUGGUUUUCAACAGCCAGUGAUAUAUGGUAGGGGUCCAAUGCCGGCAGGAAUGCAGAUGGUUCCAAUGGUAUUACCAGAUGGUCAAAUUGGCUAUGUUCUUCAACAACCUGGGGUACAGAUGCCGGCUCCCCGACCACGCCGGGGCAAUGGUCCAAGUGGUCAGCCAGGACGAGCCGGAGGUAGUGGCAAUGAUGAGGGCAAUCGUGGUAAAAGGUACCGACCCUACUAGUUGUACAAGGUAGCUAGCUACAUGUGAUGUUGCAAAUGUCACUUGACCCUUUUGUUCGAAACAAAAUCUCCUCUCCUUCGCUAUCCAAGUUAGUAAAAAAAAGAAGUUAACAUAAAGAAUAUUAUUAGAAAGUCUCGAUAGGAUAUGGCGUCUACUGCUGUUGGAUGAAUCACAGUUAUGUAAUUGUCCAUCAAUUCAGCUUGUACUGCUGCUUGGUUUUUUUAUUUAUUUUUUCCUUUGUUGACUACAGUAGUAAAUGCUAUUUGGUUUGACUGUUUUGUUACUCGUACUCAGUACCUUUUAUGUUCAAUGAUAGCCUCAAUGCAUUUUGCUAGCAUUAGAU